AUGUCAGAGGAACAGAGGCCCAUUAGGCUUGCUGUACUGGGAGGUGAAUCCACAGGUAAGACGUCAUUUAUCUCUAGACUUACUUUAAAUAUAGUUCAUGAAUCACAUUACCCAACUCGGGAUCAAACAAAUUGGCUUUUCGAUUACAUUCCACAUUCAAAAUUAGCAAAGGCAAUCUUAGAUGGACAAGCCCAUGAGAGGUUACUACGGAGAACUCCGAAUUCACAACUGUUAGAACCUAUUUUCAAAUCACCUUUAGUAUCUCCUAAUGUAUUAUUGUCCCCAUUGGUAUUUCAAGCAUUUAUCGAUAACUAUACAUCUAUGAAAACUCAAUCAAAGAAUAAGACCAAUUCAAGUAAUUUUUUUAUGAAAAACUUAGAUCUUAAAAAGACUAACUCUAAUAAUGAUAAUGGAAAUGAAAAAAAUUUACAAGUACGAUACUUAUCAUCACCUAAUGCAUCACAAACAUCACUUCCAUUGCAAGCACAACCACCCUUGAGUCAUUCUGAAGAUGAAGAGAGUAGUGUUCCGAGUAAUUAUGUUCCACCCUCAUAUUCACCAAUUCCUAUCGAUAUAAUCGAUACACCUGGAUUUAAUCCACAAAUGGUGGUUCCCUUUCUGGAAGUUUCUUUAUUUAGAAACUUGGAUAAAAGUAUCUUGAAAGGGCUAGCUAAUGAGCCUAGACAACCAGUAUCGACACGUACAUUAUUAGUAGCAUCUGGUGCAUCAGAAUUAAAUGGUAAAAUAGAUGGGUAUAUCCUUGUGUAUAGUGCUAUUCCAGAAGUUUCGCAUCAUAGUCUAUCUUUACCACCAGAAUAUGUAAGUGAAAAAGAAAUUAAGGAAGAUACAAAAUUGAAGAAUGAAGAUCCAGAUAAUGAUGAUUCUACAAAAUGUAACGCUGGUGGGUUUCCCAUAUUGUUAAACAUUAGAUCAUGUAUAUUAGAUGCGUGGGCCGAAUAUGUUAAUUAUAAAGAAGCUUGGGAGAAGGGUAAAGAAGAUGAUAUCUAUUCUUUGUUACAUAAUUUUAAAAAUAUUUGGAAAUCACAAGAAUCAGAAUCGACCAAAAAUUCUAAGAUCAAGGAUUUAAGAACUUUCAAGACUACUUUACCAGAAAUUGAUUUAAAUCCAGCAUCGCCUACCUCGCCUCCGCCUUGUAUUAUUGUAUGUACGCAUGUUAAUGAGCCAUUGGCUAGUCCAGUUCUUAUUAAAAAAGGUAGGGAUUUAGCUACACAAUGGAAUUGUGGGUUUGUUGGUAUAAAUAAUAUUGAUGAUUUUAAUGUGGACGUUGCCUUAAGUUUAAUAAUUAAGGAAAUUGUUGAAAAAGAGAAACUGUUAUCACAGAGGAGAAAAAGUACAACAGAAUCUAAUAAUGAAUACGUCAACGAUAAUAUGUUCACGAAUUUAAUUAAAAAUUAA